AUGGAAACUGACACCAUCAUCAUCGGGAAUGGCCCCUCCGCCAUGAUCCUCUCCUUCAUCCUCCAUGGCCAUCUCCCGUUUUAUUCCGCCCACCCGCCGCAUCCUGAUCCCCUCCUCCACGCCAAAUUGAAGGAUGCCCCGCAAUUGCUGGAUGUCAAUGUCCCUCUCCUGACCGAGCAUUUUGCCGCCUCGCGGCUGUCCUACUCCACACAAGCCCUCCCCGUCAAUGUCUUGAUGGAUACCCUCGUGCGGCCCAGCGUCGAUGUGGAGGAGCUGGGUUGCACAAGCAACGUGGAAUGGCGGUACCUUCCGCACAAAGCCGUACCACACCUUGUCUUCGGAAAUGCUGCCCAUCCCGGCGGUCAAUGGACCGAGAACCCGAUGCCGGCCAGCUGGGACAUCCAGACCCUCAGCUAUGCGUCCAUGCUGUCUUUGCCGGGGUACUCCUUCGCCACGCACUACCGGCGCACCACGGGCAGGGAAUUGCCUGCUUUCACACGGCCCAGUCGGCAGGAGACGGCGGAUUACUUCCGCGAGUAUCCCAAGGCGGUGCACAUCGACGAUGUGUUCCGAUCACACGAAACCUUGAGGGGCAUUUCGCGGACCGAGACCGGGUUCUUCAUUCAUUCACAUCGCAUCCAUUGCAAGCAUCUGGUCCUCGCGAGCGGGAUCUUCAGUGAGGUCAUCCAGCCGCGCCCCAUGCUGCAGCCGCUGGCUGCGAUGCAGCCCACCCCUGACCAGCCGUUCUUAGUCAUCGGCUCAGGCUUCUCAGCAGCCGAUGUGAUCAUCUCCGCUCCGCGCGACCAGAAAAUCAUCCAUGUAUUUAAAUGGGAUCCCGAGAACCGCCCGUCGCCGCUGCGCGGUUGUCACCAGCAGGCUUACCCAGAAUAUGCCGGGGUAUAUCGUCUCAUGAAACGGGCCGCACUCGCCGCCGAGCCGAGUAAACCAAACAAACGCCCGGUCAAAAUGAAGCGCGCCAUGUCCACAUCCUUCCUGGAGAGCCGACCGUGGGACCAGCUGUACGAAGGCCUCCCCAAUACCGAGAUCAUCCGGGUGGACAUGCACGGGGACUCGGCAACGGUGACGUUCCGUCGGAGCGAUGGGACGACCUUCGACCGUACAGUUCGGGGCAUGGUGUACGCCACCGGUCGGCGGGGCUCGCUGGGUUAUCUGGAUCACCCCCUUCUCGCAGAGGUGCUGGGCCGGAAAGACACGGGGACUGAGAUAGAUCCCACCAUCACUGGCCAGACGCUGCGCAACAAAGCCCUAGACAAUGUGGAAGUGGCCCCGGAUGUGUUCAUCAUCGGUAGCUUGACGGGCGACUCGCUCAUUCGGUUUUCCUAUGGCAGUUGUGUGCAGGCGGCAGGCAAGCUGGUGAACACGCACUCGGGGGUAGAUACGGUGCGGCCGACACCGGUAGCGACGCCUCCCACUGUCGGUGUGAUGCAUGGCAUCGAUGGGCAUGAUGUAUAUCCUGAACCGGCGGUUCGCAAAAGAGCCAAUUCCGAGAUAGAGUCCUCGGAUCCUGAGAAGCCUGGGGAUCUGGGACUGCUUGGUACUAUAUGGACGACGCUUAUGAAGAUAUGGAGAUGA